CCCUGCUUCCUUCACAUAACUUACACACUUUGGCCUAGACCUAUCACAGUUCAGUUAGGUCCCCCCAGAUGGGUGCAAGCUACGCAGGCAGGGGUGUACUAGAAGUGUUUCUCGGGACAGAAGACUUUGGGUGGUUCCGUUGAACAGUAGGCUAUCUGAGAGACUUUUUUACUAUCUAGAUAUUUCAGGAGAGUGGACUCUCUCUCUCUCUCUCUCUCUCUCUGUGUGCUUUGUGUCACUACGCCUGAGCUCAGUGCUUAGGAUUGUAAAGGACAGUACCAUUGGGUUGUGCAGACAGUGUCAAACUGUGGGUCUGUAAGGGUAUUACCUUACUGUGACUGUGGGGUGGAUGGCUGAGCUGGUGAGAGUGAGGAAGAAACACCUCCAGAUGCCUAUCUCCAGGCUGAGGUGUAUGGUCAAACAACUGGAGGAGAAAGAUGUGAACUUUGAAGAUCUGAAGAAGAACUUGGACUACACAGCAUCCUUACUGGAGGCAGUUUACAUUGAUGGGACCAGACCGGGUCUGGAUGCAGAGGAUGACCUCCAGAAGCUGCACUCUGAUGGCGUGCCCACGGAGGUCACUGAUUGGCUGGCUUCAACCUUCACUCAGAGGGCCCGCCGCCCCGCCCGCCGCUCCGACGACAAACCAAAGUUCCGCAGCAUCGUCCACGCAGUGCAGGCUGGGAUAUUCGUUGAGAGGAUGUUCAGAAGGGCCUACACUGCUGCCAUGCCUGACCAACCUGCAGCAGUAGUUAACUGUCUCCGGGACAUCGACCGGUGGAACUUUGAUGUGUUUGCUCUGAACACUGUCUGCCAUGACCACGCACUACAGACCCUGUUCCUGGAGCUGGUCACACGAUACGGACUCAACAGCAGAUUCAAGAUCCCCAUCUCCUGUCUGAUGUCCUUCUUGGAGAAGCUGGAGAAAGGCUACAGUAAACAUAACAACCCGUACCACAGCAGUGUCCACGCAGCCGACGUCACACAAACCCUCCACUGUCUGCUCCUCCGUACAGGACUAGUGCACUGGUUGACUGAACUGGAGGUUCUGGCGUCACUGUUUGCUGCGGCCAUCCAUGACUACGAACACACUGGAACUACAAACAACUUCCACAUUCACACAAAGUCAGACUUUGCUAUGAUCUACAACGACCGGUCAGUCCAGGAGAGCCACCACAUCAGUGCUGCGUUCCGUCUUCUCCAAGACGACCAGUCCAACAUCUUCAUGAACCUCUCCAGGGAAGAGUGGAUGGAGCUGCGAGCGCUGGUGAUAGAGAUGGUGUUGGCUACAGACAUGUCGUCUCACCUCGUCCAGGUCAAAGCCAUUAAGGGGUGUCUGCAGCAGCACGAAGGCCUAGACAAACCCAAAGCGCUGUCCCUACUACUGCACACUGCAGACAUCAGCCACCCCUCCAAGCCCUGGGGUCUACACUCUCGCUGGACCAAAGCCCUCAUGGAAGAGUUCUUCAGACAGGGUGACAGAGAGGCAGAACUAGGUCUUCCUUUCUCUCCACUGUGUGAUCGGAACAGCACCCUAGUCGCAGAGUCACAGAUAGGUUUCAUAGACUUCAUAGUAGACCCUACGUUCUCCCUACUGACUGACAUGGCUGAGAAGAUAGUCAUUCCCCUGGUGGAAGACAACCCAGGCCCACCAGACCCCUGCAAUCGGCAUAGUAAUCUGUGGAAGGAGAGUUCCAGAGGACUACAGUGGAGCCUGGCUCACUUCACCUCAGAACUGGUCACCUUCAGAUCCACCUGGACACGACACACAGAAGACAACAAGUUCAAAUGGAAGGAGAGCGGCUCUAAUGGAAUCUUGGAUCAGAACGUGACGAAGGAGCCGCCGACUGGAGGAGAGGAACUGUUCUAACGUUGUAAUGGUGCUCAACAGCAGAGAGGCCCUCUCUCGUGUAGUACGAUGGAAACCAUAUGGAAACCAUAGUCAUUUAAUGAGGGUUGCAAAUAAACAUGCGGGUCAUGUUACUUAAUUACCAAAUAUGUUUUCACCCAAAAAACACAUUGUUUAACCAGUUAGGAACAACAUUGAUGAAGAAACUGAACAAAGAACAUAUGUGUAGCAUGGGUAUCAGGGGUGACAUGGGUAACAGGGGUGACAUGGGUAUCAGGGGUAACAUGGGUAACAGGGGUAACAUGGGUAUCAGGGGUAUCAGGGGUAUCAGGGGUAACAUGGGUAUCAGGGGUAACAUGGGUAUCAGGGGUAACAUGGGUAACAUGGGUAUCAGGGGUAACAGGGGUAACAUGGGUAUCAGGGGUAACAGGCGUGACAGGGGUAGCAUGUGUAGCAUGGGUAACAUGGGUUGCAGUGGUAGCAGGGGUAACAUGGGUGACAGGGGUGACAUGGGUAACAUGGGUAUCAGGGGUAACGGGGCUAACAUGGGUAGCAUGGGUAGCAUGGGUAACAUGGGUUGCAGUGGUAGCAGGGGUAACAUAGGUAGCAAGGCAACAGGGGUAACAUGGGUGACAGGGCUAACAUGGGUAACAUGGGUAUCAGGGGUAACAGGGCUAACAUGGGUAGCAUGGGUAGCAUGGGUAACAUGGGUUGCAGUGGUAGCAGGGCUAACAUGGGUAGCAGGGGUAGCAGGGGUAACAUAGGUAGCAAGGUAACAGGGGUAACAUGGGUGACAGGGCUAACAUGGGUAACAUGGGUAUCAGGGGUAACAGGGCUAACAUGGGUAGCAUGGGUAACAUGGGUAGCAGGGUAACCGGGGUAACAUGGGUGACAGGGCUAACAGGGGUAACAUGAGUAUCAGGGGUAACAGGGCUAACAUGGGUAGCAUGGGUUGCAGUGGUAGCAGGGCUAACAUGGGUAGCAGGGGUAGCAUGGGUAACAUGGGUAGCAGGGUAGCAGGGGUAGCAUGGGUAACAUGGGUAGCAUGGGCAACAUGGGUAGCAUGGGUAACAGGGGUAGCAUGGGUAACAGGGGUAACAUGGAUAACAUGGGUAACAUGGGUAGCAUGGCUAACAUGGGUAACAUGGGUAACAUGGCUAACAGGGGUAACAUGGUAACAGGGGU